UUUCCUCUCUGCUGCAUCCUGCCACAGGAAGUCAUUAGUGACUAAACAUGCAGAGGCAACAUGUCCUUCUUUUUCUCCUGUUUGCACUGUUCGACUCGCUACCGGUUCAAAGUCAACCAUGCAAUAAAAAUACAAACUGUACCAAAGAUGUCUUUGGUUCAUCUACCACAGAAAUCCCUCGCACACUAAGACCAGGUGUGACUGAAGUUUUCUUUCUGGACAGCAAGAUCAAAACAAUCCCCAAAGCAGCCUUUGUGGAAAACCCCCACCUGGAAAAGGUGGAGUUCAUUAACACCACCACAACCACAAUUGAGCCGGGAGCUUUUGAAGGACUGCUAGACGUCAAGCAGAUCCAAGUCUCCAGCACACCGCUAGAGUCAAUCACAGCCGGAGUCUUUCCAGGCCUCAUCAAUCUGGAGAAAAUCUCUCUGAUUUUCAACAAGCUCCGUCAUGUGCCGAGAGGUUUAUUUGACGGCCUUAAAAACCUGAAAGAGCUCCAGUUACACGGCAAUGAGAUUGCCUCCAUUGAAGACGGGACUUUUGACGACCUGGAGAACCUCCUGAGUCUCCAUCUGGCUAAGAACAACCUCUCCGCCGUGUCGGUCAUCUGGUUCUCGAAGCUGAACAAACUGCAAAUACUGCGGCUUUACGAAAAUCAGCUGACCGCCAUUCCCGAGGACAUUUUUCAUAAUUUACCAAAUUUAAAAGAAAUCAAUUUGCAAAGCAACAAAAUCACGGAAUUGUCUCCCAAUCAGUUUCCGCAUAAAGACAAAGUCAUAAAGCUUUUCUUGGAUGGCAAUCUGCUGACACAGUUACCAGGAGAAUUUUUUGUGGGCUUCCCGAACCUUAAAAAGCUGAGCCUGCAAAAAAACAAACUGAGCAGUCUUCCAGACGUGCUUUUUGGAGAAAUGAAAAUGACAGAUUUUAGCCUGAGUGAAAACCAUCUGACUGAGCUCCCAAGUGCGAUAUUCAGCCCCCUGAAGGAAUUGAAGAAGCUCGAUCUGUCGAAGAAUCUUUUCACUGCUUUGUCAGUGGACUACUUUGAAGGACUGGACAAACUCACCAAUUUGAAUCUGCGAAACAACAUGAUAGAGUCGCUGGGUUUUGAUGUGUUCGAAAAGAUUCCAUCCCUGAUCAGCCUUGACCUGUCCCACAACAACCUCCAAAUGCUGCCUGAAGACAUUUUUGAACAUUUAACAAAACUCACCAAAGUUCUCCUCAAUGACAACCCCUGGAACUGCGACUGCAACCUCGUACCCCUCCACGUCUGGGUUAAAGCCAACGACCAACUUGUUCCGAAUGCAGUUGCGUGUGCGAAUCCGGAAAUCCUUAAAGGACGCGAGAUCAAGUCUUUGACAGAGGAGGAGUUGAUCUGCCCCACAGUUCCACUCACAACCACAACAUUGCUGACUACAAUUCCAACACAACCAAUCACCACAACAAUGCAACCUCUAACAUCAGUCCCAACAGAACCAACCACCGUCCCCACGACUGCAACCACCGUCCCCACGACUGCAACCACCGUCCCCACGACUGCAACCACCGUCCCCACGACUGCAACCACCGUCCCCACGACUGCAACCACCGUCCCCACGACUGCAACCACCGUCCCCACUACUGCAACCACCGUCCCCACUACUGCAACCUCCACACCUACAAUACCUUCAACGACACAGCUGAUAACCACACGUCCUGCAACAACUAAGAUUACUCAGCCUACCACUGUCCCGACUACACUAGCGGUCACAACAACAGAAGAAACCACCACGCUCAUGGCCGUUUCAACCACAGCUUUACCAGCCAGCACCAUAAAACCAACUUUACGAAUAACAACAGCUUCACCGACUACCCCGCUGACAACAGCUGCCACCACGUUGGCUGCAACUACAAUCACGACUAUUGAAAGCACAACCUCCCCCAGCACGGCUAUGACAACAGUUCCUAUCACCCCGACAACAAUGACUACAAAUACACCCACAACAGCAACAAACGUCCUUUUCACCCGUCCCGUGCAGCCUGGCCAGCGACGGUCAACGCACAAGGACACAAAAGCAUCAAAUCGCUGCAAAUCCGAGGCGGUUGUGUACACUGCUCUGCUGCUGGUGGAGCUGUCCUGCACACUAGCGCUGACUCAGGUCACAUUGUCUCUUUGGCGCUCGCUGCAGCGCUGGGAGAGGAGGCCGCACCAGAUCAGACUCACUCACUUCUCCUACAGGAGAGAAGUCAUCCUGAUACCCUUGUGGAAGAAAGACACCUGAAGCCUUUGAACAGUUUUAACCAGGAGUACACUGCCAAGAAAAAAAGCAACAUUGGGAAAAAUUGAGCAAAAGGGCACAUUUUAAAGAGACAAAUCUGAAACAUUGGUAUAAAUAUCUGAAGCUUUGACUUCAGAUAUACACCACUCCAAAAAGUUAGGGAUGUUCAUAUUUUGGGAGAAAUUCAGACAAAAGCUAAAUUACUAUAUAAACAGGUGAACUUACUUUGAUAUUCUUAAAUCUUUUUAAUCCACAUAAAAAAAACUGUUCAAUGUUUCCGUACUUUUUACUAUAGGACUUUUGAUACCGAUAUUGGAGCCUUGUGUUUUGGCCAAUAAAGGUAUUCGUCUGAAAUGGUAUCAGCACAAAUUACU